GAAAGGAAGGAAUGUUCUAGUAUGUGAGAAGCAGAGACUGCAGGUGAAACUAGGGUAAAAGUUUGCCAAAGUUUCAUAUCCCAAACGUCACACAAUCUCCAUGAAAAUGUAAUGAGUAGAAUAGUACAUCUGAAAUCCCGUUUUAGGUGUGAAAACUGUACUUUCAUGAUCAUUUCAUGGUCUUCCAUGCCUCCCCAGACGUUUCUAAUACGUGGCAGAAGCGUGCCGUUAGUUGGGAGACUGCACUCAACAAAACCCUUUGCGGUCGUGUCACUGUGGGUUUAAGCUCAAAAAAACUGCAGCUUUCCCAUCCUUUUACACGGGACACCUCCUGUUUCACUCCCCCACCACCCCAAAAAGAAAAAAAAAAAAAAAAAGAUCACAAAACUGUACGCAUGUGAGCCUGCACGUAGCAUUCAGGCUGAGACGCCCAGAGAUCCAGCCCCGGCGUCCAGAUAGCCAACAGUUCACCGGAACAUCACAGAGAGGAGGAUCUUAUCCCCCCGUUAAUUCAGCGAGUCUUUCCCGAGGAAGUGAGACUUACUUCAGAGGACACAGCGGCUGAGGACACGGUUUUCCUGCUAGCCACGGGAUGCUCUGGACGAGGAUGGAGCUGCCAUGUUGGUGUUUGUUGCUGCUGAGCUGCCUGCAGUCACUCUCAGCCCACAAUGAUUUCUUCACCUCCAUAGGCCAGAUGACAGAUCUCUUGUACACUGAAAAAGACCUCGUCACGUCUCUGAAGGACUACAUCAGAGCGGAGGAGAACAAACUGGAGCGGGUUAAGCGGUGGGCCGACAAGUUGGAUUCCUUGACAGCAACAGCCACACAAGACCCAGAAGGGUUUUUGGGUCAUCCCGUCAAUGCCUUCAAACUGAUGAAGAGGCUGAACACAGAGUGGGGGGACCUGGAGAGUCUUGUACUUAGUGACACCACUGAUGGAUUUAUCUCCAACCUGACCAUCCAGAGGCAGUAUUUCCCCACAGAGGAGGACCAGACUGGAGCGGCUAAAGCUCUUCUUCGGUUACAAGACACCUACAAGCUCGACGCCAACACCAUUUCCACGGGAGACCUUCCUGGCGUGAAGCACAAGAGCCAGAUGACAGUGGAGGACUGUUACGAGCUGGGUAAAAUAGCCUACUCAGAUGCUGAUUAUUACCACACGGAGCUGUGGAUGGCGCAGGCCCUGAAACAGCUCGACGAGGGAGAGGGAUCCACCAUAGACCAGGUGACUGUUCUGGACUACCUGAGUUAUGCCAUCUACCAGCAAGGGGAAAUAGAGCGAGCGCUGGCGUACACCUUGAGGCUGCUCAAACUGGACCCGGAGCACCAGCGUGCCAAGGGCAACGUGAAGUACUUCGAGUUCCAGCUGGAGAAGCAGAGAAAAGCCGCCGAGGAAACGGCUCUGACUCAAGAGGAGAGUGGAAAGAGAGUCACGAGCGAAAAGAACAAGAAAAAGAAGCAAAAUAAGUCUGUCUCUCUGAUCCCAGAGAGGAAGAAGUAUGAGAUGCUUUGUCGAGGGGAGGGUCUCAAGAUGACCCCGCGCAGACAAAGCCGGCUGUUCUGUCGAUACCACGACAACAAUCGUCACCCCAGGUUUGUGCUGGCGCCGGUCAAACAGCAAGACGAGUGGGACCGCCCCUACAUCGUUCGCUACCUCGACAUCAUCUCCGAUGCAGAAAUCGAGAAAGUCAAGCAACUGGCAAAACCACGACUGCGCAGGGCAACCAUCUCCAACCCCGUCACUGGAGUUCUGGAGACAGCUCAUUACAGGAUCAGCAAAAGGCGAGCCACGGUGCAUGACCCUCAAACGGGGAAACUUACCACAGCCCAAUACAGAGUCUCCAAGAGUGCUUGGCUCACAGGCUAUGAGGAUCCUGUGAUUGAAAGGAUCAACGAGAGAAUUGAGGGUAUUACAGGUCUGGAAGUUGACACAGCAGAAGAACUCCAGGUUGCAAAUUACGGUGUUGGAGGGCAGUAUGAACCUCACUUUGACUUCGGAAGGAAAGAUGAGCCAGAUGCGUUUAAAGAACUUGGAACUGGAAAUCGUAUUGCAACGUGGCUUUUUUAUAUGAGCGAUGUGACUGCAGGGGGGGCCACAGUAUUCCCAGAUGUAGGUGCAGCUGUUUGGCCUAAAAAGGGUACUGCUGUGUUCUGGUACAAUCUUUUUGCCAGCGGGGAAGGAGACUAUAGCACCCGGCAUGCAGCCUGUCCGGUGUUAGUGGGCAACAAGUGGGUAUCGAACAAGUGGAUCCACGAACGAGGUCAGGAGUGGCGGCGACCCUGCGGCCUGAAUGAAACUGAGUAAUGUUUUUUUUUUUUAAA